AUGAGUAAGCCCACACCAGCUCUAACCGGUACCUCUCAACCUCUUGCACAAGCCCCAGGAACCCAUGGGGAAAGGUCCGGCCACCAGGCACUCGCAUUCGAGCCCCAACCCCAGGCCUGGCUCCAGGGUCAGCGUGUGUGUAAGGCUGGAAAGGGGAAGCCAUGUUACAAACUCGCCUACUUCUCUGAGCUCCGGCGGCGGCUGAACUUCGUGGAGGCCGAGCUGGCGUGCAGACGGGAUGGGGGUCAGCUGCUGAGCAUAGAGUCCGAAGCCGAGCAGCGGAUCAUAGAGCAGCUCAUCACGGACCUCCGGCCCACCGAUGGAGACUUCUGGAUCGGCCUCCGGAGGGACCACGGGGAUGGGGACAGCAGCACCGACUGUUCUCCUCAGUACUACUGGCUGGACGGCAGCAAGUCCACUUACAGAAACUGGCACUGGGAUGAGCCAUCCUGUGGGUACGAGGUGUGUGUAGUCAUGUACCACCAGCCCUCUGCUCCCCCCGGCCUUGGAGGACUCUACAUGUUUCAAUGGAAUGAUGACAACUGUGAAACUAAGAACAAUUUCAUCUGCAAAUACACUUCAGAGCAACCAGUGGAUGCGUCACCUUCACCCAACACUACACAAUCUGACCUUGUACCAUCUGUGCUACCCUGGAACCCAAGUGAGCACAACAGUGACCAGAGUACAGCUUUGAAUCUGGUUUACGUCAUCAUCCCCACCAUCCCUUUGAUACUGCUAUUCCUCACUGUGAUGGGCGUUUGUUGCUUCAAAAUGUUUGGCAGAAGGAGGACUCAGCAGAAGUCUGAAGUGUGCCAGACCGAGCCAGGCAUUUGUCCCAGUCCUGCUUCGACUAAUGUCUACAAUGUCAUUCACUCACAGAAGGAGGAUGAUCUGGUCUCCACCCGCCCGCACACCAAGAACACCUCUUUUUUGGGCUCUUCUCCAGACACUCCGACUGGAGACUAUGAUAACUUGGGAGGUCGAGACACAGAGAGCGGCUUUGUUACAUUAGCCAGUACAGAGAGCUGCUUUCUAAACUUCGAUGCCAACGACCUAAGCCUUGGACGUCGUGGCAACUUCUACGACACCAGUUUGGGGCGUCCUGUCAAGAGGGACAUAAAUGGGAGCAGUCUGGGGCGAUCCACGGGGCAUAGGGAGUUUUAUGAUAGGAGCUUGGGUCGUCGUACAACCAAGAGUGAGCAUUAUAGCAGCAGUGUGUAUCCAGUCCCUGAUUUGUAUGACACCAGUCUCUUUGAUUCGAAACUCAGGCCUCCCAUUGUGAAAGCCGACUUGUAUCAAACAUACAUGAACAAUGGCAAGGAGGAGACUUUCCAGAGCAGCCUGGGCACUUAUGGGCGCCGCAAAUCCUACCAAGCAAAUGUGGACUACAGAAGUGGGCUGAAUCUAGACAAUGGGAGGAGAUACUUGGACUGGAUCAACAGAGAGAACUAUUAAAUAACACAUCAGCGGCUUUACUUUUUGGAACUCAAAUAUAUACAGUAAAAGUAUA